GCUUGACACGCCCAUCUCGCCGUAUUGUCCCACAAGCAACGCUGGUUUGUCAGUAGCGUGCGCUUGGAAAAGUUAAUGUUACAAAGAAAAUGGUCCUCAGAUGUGCUUGCGGAACGUGCAAUACUGAUGAAAGCAAACCUGCUAGGAUAAACACAGUCGACAAAGUGUCUACGAUGGAUUAAGGCUCGCGGAAGAGCGCACGUACAACUAAAUGUGAACAAAAUCAACAAACACAAGGUUGCAUGUUCGAAGUAUCAUCCUUCACAAUUGAGGGCAGCACUGAGAGGGAUGCUGGAAAAAAUUGUGCUGACAUCAUUUCCCAAGAUCCUGUCAGAGCUCGGAUGCGGGAGGGGAGGAGAGGAAGAGCCCGGGCAUGCGGGGGACUGCGGAUCCGACACGCAAAGAAAACACGAGCAUAAAAGCCGUGGGAAGACUUUUUGUGCGGAUCAACCCCGAGAAAGGCAAAAGCGGCGACAACACGGCAGAGGGCGAACCCUGCAGCCGCUUAUCCGCUGACAACCACGUGCUGCAGGGAAGAUGCAAGUGUUGGGUCGCUAAGCCAAAGCCAGGCAGCUCGGAGAGAAAGAAGCAUGCCGGGGGAGAGCGCUCACGGAUCCGCGCCCGCCGACGAGCAUCCGGGCCAGGGAGAGAACCACAUCGGGCUCCCCGGACCAGGCAAAAGCAGACAUCCGUCCACGGCGUCUACACCCAGUGACAGUGGCUCGUCCCCUUCUGACAGCGGUUCCAGUCCUUCUCCCAGCACUCCCCAGAAGCUACUACCAUCACACACUUCCCCAUUUGGACCCAGACUAUUUCUUGCAACGCCUAACUCCACUGGGACUCCAAGACCUCAACCCGAGGGGUCUGACCAUCGACACAAAAACCUGCCGAGAUUGUCUGGAAAGUUAGGCGGUCAUGGACCUUGUGGGCGCCUUGUCCCUGUAAAAAUGGAGAGAAUCAAAGUCCUGACUGGUUCUGAGGUGGAGAGUGAUUAUCCAGAGCCAAAGACCACAGACACCAGGGUGGUGAUGGGCCAGGAGACACUCCUCAAACCAUCGGAGAUCCUGAAGAGGACACGAUUGCAUGGACACUGUGGCCAGGCUAACCCAUCAACAGUCAUCCAAAGCUUUGCUGAAGCUCAGACAAAGACAAACACGACUCAAACGGAAACAAAAGAUGAAAAGUGCAAAAUUAAAAACCUGGACAAGGAAGAUAAAGAAACGGAACAUGCGCCAUCCUCAACUCUACACGUUUCCCCUGUGCUUGCAAUACCUUACCCCGUGUCCUCCCCUUGUUUGGAGCCUGUCACAAAUGAUGACAAUUUGAUGUCUAAGGAAGCGGCUCAAAGCCCUGCUAACGUCGAAGUGCCUUCCCAAUCUGUCCGUGAGCAGGCGUGUCCGGUCACGCUGUCCUUUUGUGAGCCAACUUAUUCCGUCGACCCGCUCCGAGUGGGCCUGCCCUCAUCCCUCGACCCUGACUUGUACUACACCGCCCCUUCUACUCCAAUCAAGAUGGCGCCACACUCCUCGCAUCUCAAACAUCAUUCAUAUCCUGGAUCUCCUGCUUUCUCCCCCUCUCCAGGCUUGCCCUCAGACAGCGACGACCUCUGCUCCCCUGUGACCUCCCCCUCUGGCUCUUAUAUGACAGCUGAGGGAGGAAGCUGGACCUCUUCCUAUGCAUCAUCUGCCUCCCCUUCCACUUCUCCCAACCUCCUGCUCGCCGAAGACACGCAGGAGGCCCGUGCUUGUUUUGUUGGUUCCUUGUCUGAGAUCGGAGAUGAAGUUGGCGAAGACAAAGUGCGAACACGUCCAGAGCGUGAGGGUGAGACGGUAAGGGAAUUAUAUAUGCACUCUUCGGAGGAUAUCAUUAAUCCGCAGCUUGGGAUAACAGGUGCAACGAUACCUGAAGAAGAAGAGGUUCAAAAUGAUGAAGAUGAGACCAGGAUUUCCAGAGAAAGUUGUCGUCCUUGUUGGGCGACAAAGAAUACAUCUCCACCAAGGAGCAGUAGCAGCCACACCAGUGACUCCCAGGAAGAUGGUGGAGAGUCUGAGAGUUCUUUCUGUCCGCGAGAGGAGGCCGGUGCAAGGAUGGAGGAUCACUGCAGACCCACACAUACGUUUCUCAAACUGGAACUGGACCCGUGUAUAUCCGAGGUAAAUUACAGACACAUACCUGAUCAGCGAGAGAAAACGUCAACAGAUGUCACUCCUGAUAUAGCCUCGUCCAACCCUAGUCCUGACUCACCUGUCGUUCAACUGGAUUCGUUCUGUCCUGGAGCCUUUGGUGGGCCUGGCCCCAGUUCUUUUAUGUUUCCUCAGACUGCUAGUGCUGAGGAUUUACUGGAAGAAGAAAGGAUGAUUCCCGUCUCUCUCAUCCCGUUUCCUCCUCACACGAGCCUUAUUUUUAAAGCAGAUUCCUUUGAAAUCACUCUCUUUCCCACAGAAGAUGACAACGAAGUAGUCAUGGACAGGAAUGAAGACAAGGAUGUCGAUGCAUAUGCAGCAGGAGAGGAGGAAGCAGAUGUUGAAGACGGUGACGAAGAAGAUGACGACGACGACUCUGUAGAUGAUGAUGCCAGUUGCAAUAAAACUGUGGAUGGUGGGCACGAUGAUGAGGGCGAUGAUGAUGAUUAUGAUGAUGACAGCGACAACAGUGCUGAGCCGACUGAGGACGCGAAGGUGGAGGUGAGAGUGGUUGAAGAGGAAGAAGAUGAGGAGCAAGAUGACGAAGAGGGAGAGUACGUCAGAAAAGUGGUGGAGGGUGCUACCGAUGAGGAUAGCUCAGCCUCUUUUCUUCAUACACUGUCAGAGACGUCUAUCAAUGAGGGUCUGGAUGACUUUUUCUGUUUCCAAGACGGUACAGACGACUCAUUAGAUUCUGCCUCCUAUAACGGGGAGGAAGAUGAGCGACUGUACAGCACCGAGAGGCAUGCGCAGUCGCUAGAACCGACACUGGAUUCUACUGAAAUACCAUCAAAAUCGGAAACUGGAUUAGCCAAUGCAAUUGAUCAAACUGAAUCUUUGGACAUACAGCAAUGUCCAGAUACAAAAGUGAAUCACUCUGAAACAACUCGUCUUUCUGCAGACGUGUCCACUGAGUCCAAAUUCAAAGAAAUUGGACAAAAAUCUGAAGAAGCAAUGGGACGUUCUAGUCCAUCAGAUAAUACAAAACCGGGACAAGCAGAUGAGAUCCCUGCAAAAUUAUUGACAGCUCCCACUCAGUGUGACUCUUCUCGCAAAGGCCAUGGGAAUUUGAUUGAGAUGAUCGAAACGUUUGGCUGGGAAGAGCGAUCUAAACACAGCCAUUGUGAGCGCUCUCACAACCACACGACUGCCCAAUCCUCCAACUGCCCUUCUAUUGGAAAACUAGAGACUACACACCACGGUAGUCCAGUUCUUCAAAAUGAAUCGGCAGAUGAGGAUGAUAUGAAGGAUGUUGGGGUAGAACAGCCCAAUGAAGGCACCGAAGAAAGGGAUUCUUAUAAAUUGCUUAUUAAGCACAGUCAUUAUCAAUCAGGAAGUCAUGUUGCUGCAGGAACAAGUAGAAUUGUGCCAUCACGGUGUUCCUCCAAGAGAUCUGAUAAGCCUGAGAGAGAAGACCAGAACAAGAAAAAUAUGAACAGUAGAGCAGACAUUACAAGCGUAGACUGUAGAGCCACUGAUUUGGGUUUCUCUAGUUUGGGUAUGACCACUGCUACUAAUGACUUGAAUAAAGGUGUCCUCCCUCUCUCCUAUCCUAAAGAGCCAAGUCCCAACCCCAGCAAUAUCCCAGUCUCUCCCUCCCCGGAGGUGAUUUUAGGACUUGCCGACAACCUGACCUUGACUCCUGAACAUCGCCCCGGUGACUCCGGUCAGGAGAACUUGAGUACUGAUGAGAGGGUACUUGGAGUGUCAGGAUCACCUCACUCUCCACUGGCAAUCUCACCCAAAAGAGAAAAUUCAGAAACAGACACAAGAAGUAAAAUUGAUCAUGGACCCAGGAUUUGGUGUGAUGAUAAGUAUGGAUUACAUUCAGGAUCCAUUUCUGAAUUUGGAGUUUGGGGAGCAGGAGAGUCUCUUUCCUUGUCUUUGGGGAAGAAGUAUGAGUUAGAGGCAGACAGCGUACUUGUGUGCGGCACACGAGGCCGCAGGACAGAGAAUACUGUAACUCCUAACAUGAAUAAUGAAGCGUACAAAAAAUACGACAUUGCUUUUGGUUAUGUUCUGGAGACGAAAGAUCACAACAGAAUGGAUGGAAAGAGGAAGGAAGAUAAAGAACCGAUAGGAGAAGGAACUUCUGAGGCUGAUUUGGUUUGCUGGAAAUCAAUUGAAGAGAUUUCAGAGGCAGAUGGGGGAGAGAGAUUGCCUAACGAUGAUGUCAGCAAUCUAAAUCACGCCAAUGAUAACACAGACACGCAAAUUCAAGUCACGUGGAUGGAUUCCAACAAUAAUAAUGACUCCACAUUUGAGUCACUUGAAAUAGCAAUGCGUGAAGGACUGAACGCUCUGUCAGAGGACGUGAAACCCGAAUUUGUGAGUGUCAAGGUCACGGAAUCGGUUUCUAAUAUUCCCCUCGAAGAGAUGCCAUUAAGGGCUUCUGUUGCGCCCAAUGAUGAAGAAGACCGAGAGGGAAGUUUUGCUGGCCAAACAUCAAGCACAACACAAACACCAUCCCCAGAAGAAUCUCAUUGUAGCUUAACAUCAAUUAACACCAGAGAGAGCAAAUCUGAAACAAGUCAACAUCUCAACAGCAGACCAGAGAGAAGUCCAGAUGAUCAGACAAUCACCCAGGACGGAAACGUUGCACUUUAUUUACUAGAUGGGUCAUUUGGGUCCUUUAAUCCGACAUGUAAAUCUCACGGAUCUACAACCAAUCAACGUGCAAAUAACGGAUUACCGUCAGAAUCAGAUGAAGUGCUGGCGGAGCCUGAAACAAGUGAUGCAAGUCUUGUGACUGACAGACCUGUUGAUGAACCAAAGACUAAAGAUGCCUUUAAGGGACAGCAGUGUGUGAGUUUGAACUCAGGGACGGGUGACGAAGAAAACGUGAAAAGGGGAUGCACAAAGAACUCUCGAAAGAAAAAGGAAACUCCCGCCUCCUCCCAAACUACCUUGGAGGCUUUUGCACAUGACACUGCCAAGGAUGCACUUUCCACAGAAAAAGCCGGCGCGAUUAAGAAAGGGCGAAGACGGAAACAACACAAGGCCUUUAAGGCGGCCACUAAUUUGGACUCUAGCCCCGAAGUUGCUGAUGAUGAAAAGAAACCUCUCGCUCCCAAACGCACUUCAACAGACGGAAGCUCAGUGGCGAUUGGCGGCCUUUCAAAAAUGAAUAAAGGCAAAAAGGCCAACAAUGAAAUGUCGGCAGUCCAGUGUCAGCGGAAGAAAGACAAAUCUGGAUCACACGUCCAAUUAGAGACCUCUGAAAAGCCUACUCCGGAGAACCUCAAUGCUCCAGUAGAACCAAACCAGGAACAAGAAGGACUUGACAACAGAGCAGAGAUCUUUGAAAACAGACAGGAAGUGCUUGAUAACAGACCACCGUCAAAUAGUGAGAGAGGAAUCCGAGUGGAUAUUAAUGACAAUAACAUAGACGAUGAUCAGAUCUCACAGGCUAACACGCUCGCCACGCCAUCUUCUUCUUCAGCGUCUCCCGUGUCCUCUUCCUCACCCAUCCAUCAAGCCUCGACAGAGCCAGAGCCAGACCUUCCCACACGUGUGCAGGUAUCCCACUCUGGACUUUCAUCCCACCAACUGCCUUCCCAAGCAACAUCCCAUACAACUGCCACAAUUAACGCCACUUCUGCCACGAGCCGACAAGCAGCUGUUUCCCAAAUUCUUCCAAAUGCGGAAGAGGCCACCAUCACAACACUGACCAAAUCCGACCAGAGUGUUGCGUUCGCCUCAGCAUCUUUGGAAAUGUCCAAGCCAACUCAGGAGUCAUCUUGCAGUUCUUCAUGCCGUACCGCCAAACAAGGCUGCACAAAGGAUUCGGCCGAAGAUUCCAGUUUCGUCAAGAGAGCAAAAGACAACGAGGAGGAUCGUGGACUCUCUAGACAUGUUCAAAGGUCCGUCGUCAAAGAAGCAACAGGAAACAGAAGUGGAUCCACAGCAAGAACCGCUCCAAUCAGUCCAAACAAAAGCCAGCCAUUCUCUUCUCAUCGGCUGACCGACAAAGAGUCGGCCUGUUCGGUCAAGCGCGGCCAUGCGAAUUCUGAAGACUUCAAAAACGGUUGUUCUCUCGUGGCUUCUUGUAACGAGUCUGAGAGUGAGGGCUCAGUCCCUGAACUGGUGGAGGAGCCGGUGAGAUCUCCUCAACCAAGGUCCUUUUCUUCUGUAGACGAAGGCCCGAACAGACCAAAACAGAGCCGCAGUGAGAAGAAGGCCCGCAAGGCCAUGUCAAAACUGGGCCUAAAGCCGGUCCAUGGUGUGACCAGAAUCACCAUAAGAAAGUCCAAGAGCAUCCUGUUUGUCAUCAGCAGACCAGACGUCUUUAAAAGCCCCGCGUCGGAUAUUUAUAUUGUAUUUGGGGAGGCCAAGAUCGAGGAUCUUUCUCAACAGGCCCACAAAGCCGCUGCAGAGAAAUUCAAGGUCCCUGUGACCUCCACCCCCUUGGCGCCCCCCGUCCCGCCCAGCCUCAACGUCAAGGAGGAGAGCGAAGAGGAGGAAGAGGAGGUGGACGACGGGGGUCUGGAGCAGAGGGACGUGGAGCUGGUGAUGGCUCAGGCCAACGUGUCCCGAGCCAAGGCCGUGCGUGCUCUGCAACACAACAAGAACGACAUAGUCAACGCUAUCAUGGAGCUGACCAUGUGAUUGCCGUGGGUGCUUUUGAAGCUCGACCUCUUCCUCCUCCUCCUCCUCUUCGACCCGAAGCCUAAAAAACCCACUCUGUAUCGCUGCUACUGUAUGUUGCAUCUCCAAUACCUGCUCAAUAAAUAAAAGUAUGUUAGGAUGCCAGCUUUGCCGGACGGACUGCGCUGAUUUCAAAUGUGCGGUGCGGUCAACGGAACUCUGCUCGCCUUCAGACUCGCUCACAAACGCCUCAAAAUAGUUUUUGCCUGACAACCAAAAGCGACACGUUCAGCACACUCUUCCUGCUAUUCAUGAAAAUAAGAAUCUGUUAACAAUGAAGUACAUUGGGCAAAAAUAGGUUGAAAACUUUUACUACUGCUACUGACUAUUGCAAUCCAUACUUGCAAAUGUAUUCAAAGCA